UGAAUGCCGGCCGGCUUCAACUGCUUUGAAGUUUGAAGUCAACUCUCAAAUGGUGGCUUCAAUCCACCAAUCAAUCAAUACCCGCAGCUUUAUAUUUCUUCGACCUUUACAUUUUUUUGAGAGACAGAGAGAGAGAGAAAGAGGGGAGAUUUUCUAGAUAGAGAGAUGUGUACGUUAGAGAGGAAAGGCAACAUCUUCAUCCUAACGCUAACAGGCCCAGGAGAGCACAGGCUCAACCCCACUCUCAUCGACUCAAUCCGAUCCGCUCUCAACCAAGUCCGAGCCGCCGUCACCACCACCGCCACGUCAUCAUCUCCCUCAGCCCUAAUCACCAACGCACAUGGCAAAUUCUUCUCCAACGGCUACGAUCUCUCUUGGGCCCAGUCCUCUCAAUCCCGCAGAGAGCUCAUGGACGCCAAGCUCCAGUCCCUUGUCGCCGAUCUCAUCUCCCUCCCGAUGCCCACCAUCGCCGCCGUCUCCGGCCACGCCUCCGCCGCCGGCUUCAUCCUCGCUCUCAGCCACGACUACCUUCUCAUGAGGAGGGACCGCGGCUUUCUCUACAUGAGCGAGCUCGACAUCGAGCUUCUUCUGCCACGCUGGUUCUUGGCGCUGAUCGAGAGCAAGGUCGGCUCGCCGGCGGCUCGGCGCGACUUGUUGCUCAGAGCCGAUAAGGUGAAAGCCGACGUGGCAGUGGCGAAGGGGAUUAUCUACUCGGCGCACGAUAGCGCGGAGGAGACUGUCGAGGCCGCGGCUAAUUUGGGAGAGGAGUUGGUUCGGCGGAAGUGGAACGGACACGUGUACGCUCAUAUUCGGAAGGAUAUGUUGUCUGAUGUUCUGGAUGUGAUCCGCGGAAAUACUACUGGCACAAAAUCACGACUGUAGGUGAUAAUUUGGUCGGGUCUGUUAUUGUUUUGCUUGGCAGAAAAUUGAUUUGAGUUUUGUUGGGUUGAAUAAUUUAGUUGGAUUUUUAACUUGUCUAUCAUAUCAAGUUUGCCAAUAAAGAUGGGAUUACCAUA